UCUUUCUCCACCUCUCCUUUUCUCCCAGUAUAUAUAUCUCUCUCUGCGUCACAAGUCAGAACAACACUAAAAUUAGAGUCAAGCUCUCAGCCCUGACACCAUAUCUGGAUUAAAUUGACUCAUUUGCAGUUGCAGUGCAUGUUCUCGAGAGAUAGUGAGAUAAGCAGUUGAUGGCCUCGCAGAUGGCGAUGGACGGCGGGCUGAGGCGGCUGUUCGAGAAGCCGUUGCCGGAGAACCCGACGCUGCUGGAGGCGCUGUCGGCGUGUAACCAUCGCAUCCACCCCAAAAAGCCCAUCGACCCGGCGUCCGUCACCGAGAUCUUCGGCGAGCUCCACUUCCAAGAGAAGCAGCCCGACCGAACCGUCCUGCCGCAGCCGCCGGCGCCUCGCCCUCCUGCCCGCACGACGUCGUGGCUCGACGUCGCCGCCGAGGCCGAGAAGAGCAAGGACGACUCGUCGCUGGACGCGCUCCUGAGGCCCAAGCCGGCGAGCACUGUGGCGACCGUGAAGAGGAGCGCGAGCUUCUGCAUGAAGAAGAGCUCCGCGUCCCUGCUGCUCUGCACCGAGGGGCUUGGCUCCGAGAGCACCGUGGACGCCGACGACAUGCUCAAGGACGGCGACACCGAGGUCAAGACCGCCGCGCUCAGCGGCCACAGCAAGGACACGGGUAUGGACCGCACAGAAGUGGACUGCGCCGGCGCCGCGGGGGCGGGGGAGGAGGAGGAGGGGAAGCGGCCGCUGUCGUUCCCGCCGCCGAUACGAUCGAUCGGGCGCGGCGGGAAGCCGUGCGUGUGCUUCAGGUCGUUCCGGGCGGAUGGGCGGUUCGUACUGAUGGAGGUGGUGAUCCCCGGCAAGGAGCUCCUGCAGGCGUACCGCGAGGGCGGACGACUGAGGCUGCAGUUCGCCAACGUCGCCGCUGCUGCCGCCGCCGCCGCUGAUGUGGGCGUUGACGAGGAGACGCGUGGAGAAGAUGAUGACCAAGCCAAGAACGCAUGCAUAAACGAGAGCUAAGUGGCAUGGUGUGUCCUUGAUGUAUACUUGGUAUACUUAACUUGCACACGUUAAGAUAUUAUUUGGCAAAACUCUACUUCCGAGAUCUAUAUAGGAUUUAGAGUUUAUAGAAUAAAAUAAAAUUAUUUAAAUA